AUGGCAGAUCCUCGCAAGCUCCGAACUGCACCCGCUACCCUGCCAUCAAGAGCACACUACGACCAUGACGGGGGACGCCCAUGGGGGCGUUCCCCGCGACACGGCCCACCAUGUAUAGCCGCGAUAACAAGAUCAUGCGAAAGCUCCCUCGGAAAGGCUUCCGCCGACAACUCUACCGACACGACGAGCCCCGGCAUUGGCAUCACGAGUGCGCCGCAUCUGCCAGCUUCGUAUCGCCCCAACUUUUCGCAGUAUGCCGUCUACGAUGCGACCUACCCCAUUUACAGCAUCGAUGCCCCGGCCGACCGUCGCUCCGUUGUCCUGGCAAGUCGCCAUGUCCUCAAGACGGUGAUCUUUGACGGCCUCCAUAUCGUCGAUGGCGUUGACGUCCGAGCUGCCAUCGUCUCGGCGUCCAAUCCGAACAAGGGCGCAUCGUCGGCGACGGCCGAUCAGCUCUCCGUCAAGGAGGUGAAAUGGCAUAAGGACUCGACCAUCUUCACUGUCUGUACCAAUGGCAAGAUCUUCUCCUACGAUCUCGCGAGGAUAGCCGCCGGUGGCUCCCCCAUGGAUUGUGUCCAGAUGAGGGAGGAUUCGCGCCAAGUCAAUACCCUCGACAUCAACCCCCAUCGCCCGAGCUUGCUGCUCUCGGGCAGCCAAGAUGGUUUCGUACGCUACUUUGACAUCCGCGCGCCCGUUCAAAGCCGCGCUGGCGGCAUGACAUACCAGGCCAAAGCAGCCUUUAAAUGCAAUGCCGAUGGCGUUCGACAGGUCCGCUGGUCGCCGAAGGAGGGCAUGUAUCUGGCAUGUGGCACCGACGGUGGCGUGGUCUUGAAGUGGGAUUUGCGAAAGCCGACCACGCCGCUGCUGCGGAUCACGGCACACGAAAAAGCCUGCACGUCUAUUUCGUGGCAUCCUGAUGGGAACCAUCUGGUCAGUGGCGGCAUGGAUCAGAAGUGCGCCGUCUGGGACUUCUCCAAAGACGCUGACAAGCGCCAAAAGCCGAAGUGGACGAUUCAAACCCCCGCCCCUGUAUCUGUCGUCAGCUGGAGGCCUGGGCUGUGGUCUGCCAGUGCGCAGGGCAAGCGUGCCGCCCAGAUUGCCGUGUCUUACGACGAUGCCAGUCUCAAGCGUUUCGGAGUCCGCGCGGCCCAUGUUUGGGAUCUCGCGAGGCCUACCAUCCCGUUCAAGGAGCUCAACUGGUUCAACUCGCCGCCAUCAAGCCUCAUGUGGCUCGACCAAGAUCUUCUCUGGGCUGCUGGUGAAGACGGCAAAUUUCACCAGUGCGACGUUGCCUUCGCCCCGAAGACCAUGGAUCGAAUGACGUCCUCCAGCAUGGCCUUCUCUUCAUGCGGAGACGUGGCUAUGUUUCUCGAUGAAAGACCGCAUCAGCGGCCGAGACCGACUGCGGUGCACCGCAAGGAGGGCAAUGAGACACCUCGUUCCGUCUACGGGUCCAGCCCUACAACACCCCAGCUCAGCAUCAGUCGCAGCGAUUCCGAAGAUGAUGCUGUUGGCAGCUUUCUUGGGCCACGGCGCAAGCCGAGCCGGAAAAGGCGGCCUAGUGUACGCUCCAUACCCGCACUCAGCACAACGCCGCCGUCUGGAUCCGCAGAUGGGGAGCCUGUAUUAUCUUUAGAGCAUGCCAUGAGAGUUACUGGGGUGUACAAGACACAGCAGGCCAUGGCGGUUGGACGCGUCCCUGCUGCUGCCAAGGUCAACCACUAUCAUUACCUUUCCCAGUGCUAUCUCGAGACACUGGACCGCGAAUUACCGCAAAGAGAAGGCGGGAAAGCGCUUGUGGACCGUGUUGUGAUUAUACUGAAUGAGUUUGCCUACGCUGCGGAAGGUGUUGGCCAAUUUCGACUAGCACAAACGUGGCGCAUAUUGGGAUACGCCAUGGACCUUCUCCUCAGACGAAGAGCCCAGUACCAUCUCGAGAGAAGGUUGGGUCAUUUCCAGAAACGACCUUCAGUAACCAAGUCAAAAGAUGGAGUCGUCAAAACCGCCGAUCUCAAGGGUUUCCAGGGGCUGAGCCAGGACAGUAUGAGAGCGCCAAAUCCGCUUCGCCGCGCCAGUGCGGUGUCAGUCCAGUUGGAGAGCCGCUCCCUCUCUGUCAGAUCCCUUCUUUCGGAAGAGAUCGAAAGCACCUCCAACGUACCAACACCACUCGCAAGGCCGGUGCAUGAAGACGAUCCCAAUACAGAUCACGGCAACCUCAGGCCCGGCAAGAAGUUGACACCCGUCUUUGAACUAGACAGUUUCGCCUUACCCCCAGCAGUCCACAAUGUCCCAGAGCCAGAGAAGAAGGAUGAAGCGCAAUCACCCGGUGGUGGAGGUGGUGGAUCUCGUUCGAAGAGACCUCCCAAAGUGAUGAGGCACGACUCGGAUGACAGCUUCUCGCAAAUGUUCUCCAUUUCAGAUGGGAGUCGAAAGUCCGCCAAUCUUUCCCUGCCAAAAGCAGGCGCCGCAAGCGAGAUCAAAAAGUCCGAGUUUGAACCCGUGCAAGAGCACAACGAUGAGCAUGGCGAAUACGAGAGCCGCAUCCGAGGGAAAGAGAUCGAAGAGUCACCCGAAGUCCACAACCUGUCCUCCAUGCAGAUGAGGCGAGGCUUGCUGCCGAUGAGUAACUCCCCCGAAGAGGUUUUCAUGAUUUCACAGACAACCAUUGGCGACGAUGAAGACCCUUCAGAAGUCUCGGCGCGUCGGUCACAGUCAAAUCUGACUACCUCCCCUGGUCCUGAUGAUCCCCCUUAUCCGCAGAAGUUGGCGUCCGAACUCAACAACAAAGGCUACACCAUUCCAUCCCCGCCCCUCGACCCAUAUGGUCUCAUCACGAGCACUCUCGAUUUUGAACUCCGCACAUCCAAUCUUAACGCUGCGGCAAUGAUUCUACUUCUCAGGCCGUUGGUUCCGGAGGCACUCAUCGACGCCCACCGCGCAGCCUCAAUCCUGCGCGCAUAUCACGCUCGACUCGCGUCCAUGCGGCACUUCGUCGAGGCCGCGCUUUUGCGAAACCUUUGUGUCAAGGGCUGGCCUGAGAGCCUCCCUGAAUGGGGCGAGUCUUACACAGCAAUCUUCGGCCCCGCCCAACAAGGCGUCAAGGCGGGCUUCCUGUGCCCUUCGUGCCGCAAACCACAGGAAGUCGGACGUGCGGCGCUCGACAAGGCGCGUGCGCAGGCGCAGGUGCAGCGCAAGACGAGCCUGAGCGGCGGGCGAGGCAGAGGUCCUCCGUCGCCAGGAGUGGCCAUUCGAGGAGACGGUGUCGAGGUUCCGCAGAGUCGGGCCGUUGAGAGCGUGCGCGAGGCGCUGGCGAGCGGAGGCGGUGCUGCCAUGAGCUCGGGUCCUGGGGCCAGCAUCCUCAGCUCAAGUCCUGGCCGAGCAGGGGAGCGAGACCGCGAGAGAAGAAAGAGCGUCAAGUUUGUGCCGACGGACCGCUAG